UCAUCAUGACUCUCGUAUGUGAUGUGGUGGUCUCCAACUGGUGUGGCUUCUUUGACCUAUCUUUGAUGGCAAUAUCUCUAACACAUCCACUGCACUUCGAUGUCCACCCACUUUGCACUCAAUUCCCUGAGCAGGUCCGCCACGUCAUCGACGACCACAAUAAGCUGACCCUCCGCAAUCUCUCCUCUGGGCAAUGCUCUGUUUGCGAAAUUGAUUGUUCUUCUCUCUGGGUCUACAGCUUCAAUGUUUGUGGAGUCAAUAUCCAUCCCAAAUGCCUCCUUAAGCCAUACGGUUCGCCGACGAAAUCUCGCAGGAUACUUCACGCGCACGCGCCGCCGUGGGCGGCGGCUCAUAAACCUAAUGGUUAUCAUGUGAAUCCAAAUGGUUAUGAUGGUGGCCAUUUUUCUUACGGCGGCGUUCCGGCUCCUUGGGGAUUUCCGAAUCAUAAUUUUAGUUAUGCUCCUGGAGCUAAUUAUGGUGGACAUCUACCGUCGCCGCCGAUUUGGGGAUCAAUAUUUGGGGGUGGAAUGUUUGCUCUGGUUCAAAAUUUAGCGGCAGGUGCUAUUAUUGAGUUUAUUUCCGGUUCUGCUGGUGCUUAGUUCUUCUUGCAAUGUUGUUUCAUUGUUCAUCGUCUUCUUAAAUUGAGAAUUUUACCUUUCCAUUAUGUUC